AUGGCUGUUGACAGUGGCAUGAGCCGGACCCAGAUGGAUUUCUGGGAUGGGAUGGAGCCCAUGUUCAUGAUGCCCAGCCUCACCCUGACAGCAGAAGCACAGCAUAACCCGGUUUGUCCUUGUUUUCCAGAGCGAAAGGCUGUCUGGGAUGCAGUAGCUGGCUACAUCCAACAACAGCUGUUGCUGCACAAGGGGAUCCGAAUUCCCACCCUUGGGUCCUUUGAUGUGGUCCACACAGAGACCUUGGUGGGGAGCAAGACUGUGAUCCUGCAGAGGCCAGUGUUCCACCUGGCCAGGAAUCUUAGAGGAGUCCAGAGUCUGGAAAAUGAGGAUGACCUGGCUGGGGGUAAGAAGCUGGAGUCUCUGCAAUAUGCCAAGGUGGCCGUGGAGGCCUCCGUGUCCCGGAGGAUAGUGGAGUGCUGCAUCCUCGGCACCACGUCCCUGCUGUACCACUGCCUAGAGAAGGGCGUGAGUGUGGCCUUUCUCAUGAGGGACGUGGGUGUGCUCCUCAUCGAAGGCAGCACAGCGCAAAUGAGAUUCUACCUGGACUUCCUGGAGAAAGUGACUGGGGAGAGGAUCCAGGACAGGGCUACACUCAAGGCUCUCCAGCAGCUGGACACGGUGCUGUCCCGGGUGGUGCCCAUUGCUUCCCUGAGCUCCACUGGCCGUGUCAUCGUCUUUCCCAACUUUGAACAGAGAUUUCUACCCAGGGCUCAUCGCAAGGACUUUGGAUUUGUUCCUGGGGAGGACAAGAGGAACGAAGUAGGUUUGCCACCCAUCAGGAGAGGCAUAGAAGGGAGACUUCCCAGCCUGCCCAUGCCUGCUUGCCAGGGUUCCACUGCCAAGGCAGGAGAGCAGCCCUGGGAUGAGGAGGCGAUGGAGAUGAGGGACAGCUCUUGGGUCAGGAACCUGCCAGCCAUCCCAGGGGCUGCUGCUGGAAAAAAGCAGCCUGUGACUGACCAAGCCAAGGGCAAACCUGUGCCCAAGGGCCAGGCAUCGAAGCAGAGCGACAAAGAGGCAGCAGCAACUCAGAGGGGCAGGGGAGGAAGAGGAGAAAGAAAAGAUUCUCUCAGGAGAGGAGGAGAAAAG